CUCCAUCCUUCAAACAAACACAUUCUCAACACCACACGGAUCGUCAUCAUGGUCACUAGAGUUGUUUACGUCGAGAAUGGCUACCAGCAAUGCCUUCCGCUCAUUUCAACUACGCUAAAGUCUCACGUCGUGGAUCUCACCGCCUCGCAUACCCUCACACAGGUGUAUAACAAUUCGUCGACCAAGGAUAUCGCUGAAGCCCGGUACACAUUCCCCCUCUACGAAUCUUCCGCUGUCACGGAUUUCCAGGCCCUGGUUGGGGAGAAGACGAUCAAGGGAGUGGUUCAGGAGAAGGCAGAGGCGGAAGCCAUCUACCAAGCUGCUAAAUCCGCCGGGAAGGUCACCGCUUUGUUCACCCAGGAUACCAGUGAGGUCUUUACCACCAGCGUCGGAAACAUCCCGGCCGGCGGUUCGGUGGUGGUGGUCAUCAAGUACGUGCACGAAUUGAAGCAGGACAUUGACGUCGAUGGAAUUAGACUCGUCAUUCCCACCGUCAUUGCUCCAAAGUACGGAAACGCGCCCGCCACCACGCCCUUGGUUUUCGGUGAUCGGUGGCGCGCUUUUUGGGGCACCUUCUCGCGGGGUAUACGGGAUAUUGGCAGCGCCGAGGAUGCCGGCCUUUCCCUCUCCGUCACCGCAACCAUGAGUGGGAUGAUAAGGAGAAUCACUUCACCCAGUCACCCCAUUUCCAUCGGCCUUGGCUCCCAUUCUAGUACUGACGACACAGACUUCAAUCCCAGGAAGGCGCAUGCAACCCUCGCUCUUGCCUCGCCGUCCCUGACGGGUCUCGACAAGGAUUUCUCCCUCCUCAUCAAUGCCAACAAUACUGGCGACCCAAGAGCAUUCCUCGCUCCUCAUCCGACCCUCCGGGAUACGUCCGCGCUUAUGAUCACCAUGGUUCCCAAAUUCGUCCUUCCCCCGCAGGCUCAUGAGAUCAUAUUCGUUGUUGACCGCUCAGGGUCGAUGCACGAUAAGAUUGCCACCGUCCGAUCUGCUCUCCAACUUUUCCUGGCCUCAUUGCCAGUAGGCUCGUACUUCAAUAUCUGCUCCUUCGGAUCGAACCGCUCAUUCCUUUGGCCGCAAUCCAAAAAAUAUUCGGAGGAGUCACUGAACGUGGCGAAGGCACAUGCCAUGCGGUUGGAUUCCAACAUGGGUGGAACGGAAAUACUUGCCCCUAUGAUGGACUCUAUGAAGAAGCGGCGACCGGAUAUGAGGACGGAAGUCCUCCUCCUCACGGAUGGAGAGGUCUGGGAUACGGAAAGGUUGUUUGGAUUCAUCAACGAGUCCUCCAGGGAUGGGAAUGUUCGUUUCUUCUCACUCGGUGUUGGGGAUGCAGUGUCGCAUAGUCUCGUGGAGGGAAUCUCCCGAGCUGGAAGGGGGUACUCGCAGAUUGUCAGCACCACUAGUAAUCUCCAGAAGAAGGUCAUGCGCAUGUUGAAGGCAGCAUUGACACCUCACGUCAACGACUGGGACAUAGAUUGGGCGGGAAAGCCUGAAAAGCAGCGUGCGACUCUGGCCACCCCUGCCCCCAGCACAGCCGCUCCGAUUUCCCUCUUUGACCCAAGCUGUGACCCAGAUAGUGCUCCUAGCGCUCCAUCUAGUAGUUCACCCAAUCUCACACUACCAAAUGUCAUCCAAGCGCCCACAGCUGUCCCCGCACUCUUCCCAUACUCCCGGGCAACCAUCUACUUUUUGAUAUCCAACGGUGAUCGACCGGAAAAGGUAUUCCUCAAGGGUUCCGCGCACGAUACCAGCUCGAACGCCAUCUGCCCACUUCAAAUCGAGAUUCCCGUGCAAGCUGUCACUUCCGCAGGGGCAUCACUCGGCCUGUACCAACUAGCCGGACGGAAGCUCCUCCAAGACCUCGAGGAAGGCAGACUUUCAUACCUAGAGGGAAUCUACGAUGGGACGAAAGAGCCAACAAAGCACGCAGAGCUCAUUGCGAAAGAAGGAGCCAGAGUCGGUGUUGAAUUCGGGCUGGCUAGCAAGUGGACCUCUUUUGUGGCGGUUGCGGAGGACGAACCAACCAGGGAACAGCAUGCAAGUCAACAAAUGGGGGAGGGUGCGAGCGCGCUUGCCGGGGGGGAACAAACCACCGGCUCUCGAAAUGUAUUUUGUUUCAUCCAGGAAGCCGAGUCCUCAGGAUCGGGUCGCAGGGGUAGCAUGAAGGCAAAACGUAAAUCCAUCUCAACUAGAUUUCGAGCAAUUCCCCAGGUGCAUCCCCCACAACAACAGCAACAGAUGCAACAGGCGCAGGUGGCAAUGCAGCGGAAGAGUACCGGGGGAUCAUCCGCUGAGUCGGGCGCACUCUUUGGAGGUCCAUCUUCCCCUUCACCAUGGAAUCUCCGCGCGCGCUCGCUCACAGCUCCAGCCUCCGACCAAUCUCCAGCAUUUAGCCCCCGACGACGUGCAUUCCAACUUUCCAGCCCGCCGGUACCCCUCCCGGACAGUGACGAGUUUGAGCCGCCCGAGCCCGCCCCUAAACGCAAGCUCCGGGGUAGACCGGAGUCGGCGCCAAGGGGACCACAAAACCUGGCCUCCGACCUCGCCACCCUCCAGCAAUUCAACGGGAUGUUCAAGUCGGACUGGAGGAUAUUCGCUUGGCUGGGCUUGCAGGACCACGGGUUGGAAGGGGCGCACGCAGAUGCGGACCUUGUCGCGACGAUGGCGGUUAUCGUUGCGCUGGAGACGAAGUUCCCGGAGUUGUCGGAGGAGUGGGACUUUAUGGUUUCGAAGGCUAAGGAGGUGGUUGGGAGUCUCUACUCCGAGGGGGAUAGGGAGGCUGUGGCUUCUGCUGUUCGGGCAGCUCUGGGUGUGUGA